CGGUGCCAUGGACACCUGUGGCUACGAAUGAGUGUGCCAAAAAAAAGCUGUUUUCCAUUACGUCUUAUAUAAAAUGGUCUACUCAACACUCAGCAGAGUCUCAGACUUUAGUGUCCCCAACACCGAGUUAAAUUGACCUACUUGGCACCUUCACCACCCUUUUCUCUUUCUCUUUGCAUACCAUUACCAACACUCAAAGCAGCAACAACACCCUUUUUUCUUUCCUCUCUCUCUCUCUCUCUCUCCAUUCUCCAUUUUCUUCGAGAGUGGUAGGGAAAACAUGGAAACCACCUUGGUUUCCAAAAUGCAAUUUGCAGCAUUCUUUUGUUUGGCGUUGUGGUUGGGUUUUCAGCUUGAGCAGGUUCACUGUAGCGUUACCUACGACAGAAAAGCCAUCCUCAUCAAUGGCCAAAGGAGAAUCCUUUUUUCUGGCUCUAUACAUUACCCCAGAAGCACCCCAGAUAUGUGGGAAGAUCUCAUUUACAAGGCCAAAGAGGGAGGUCUAGACGUCAUUGAAACCUACAUCUUUUGGAAUGUUCACGAGCCUUCUCGUGGCAAUUAUAACUUUGAAGGAAGGUAUGAUCUGGUGAGGUUCGUUAAGACAAUACAGAAAGCGGGACUAUAUGCUCAUCUUCGCAUAGGACCUUAUGUCUGUGCAGAAUGGAAUUUCGGAGGAUUUCCUGUUUGGCUCAAGUAUGUUCCCGGCAUCAGCUUUAGAACAGACAAUGAACCUUUCAAGAAAGCAAUGCAAGGGUUCACCGAGAAGAUUGUGGGAAUGAUGAAGAGUGAACGUCUCUAUGAAUCUCAGGGUGGCCCUAUCAUACUCUCUCAGAUUGAGAAUGAGUAUGGGGCACAGAGUAAAUUACUUGGACCCGCGGGCCAAAAUUAUGUGAACUGGGCUGCAAAAAUGGCUGUGGAAACUGGAACUGGGGUCCCCUGGGUGAUGUGCAAGGAAGAUGAUGCGCCAGAUCCUGUGAUAAACACGUGCAAUGGCUUUUAUUGUGAUUAUUUUACUCCUAAUAAACCCUAUAAGCCUUCAAUUUGGACAGAGGCUUGGAGUGGCUGGUUUUCUGAAUUUGGAGGUCCAAAUCAUGAAAGACCUGUUCAGGAUUUGGCAUUUGGAGUUGCCCGAUUCAUACAAAAAGGAGGAUCCUUUGUAAACUAUUACAUGUAUCAUGGAGGAACCAAUUUUGGCCGUACAGCUGGAGGCCCUUUCAUCACUACAAGUUAUGACUAUGAUGCUCCACUGGAUGAAUAUGGUUUGAUUAGGCAACCAAAGUAUGGUCAUCUAAAGGAGCUUCAUAAGGCCAUCAAGAUGUGUGAACGGGCUUUAGUUUCAGCUGACCCAGCUGUUACUUCAAUGGGGAACUUCCAACAGGCUCAUGUAUACACUACAAAAUCUGGAGACUGUGCUGCUUUCCUCUCAAACUUUGAUACAAAAUCUUCUGUUAGAGUGAUGUUCAACAAUAUGCACUAUAACUUACCUCCUUGGUCCAUCAGCAUCCUCCCUGAUUGCAGAAAUGUUGUUUUUAAUACAGCAAAAGUUGGAGUGCAAACAUCUCAGAUGCAAAUGUUACCAACAAAUACUCAUAUGUUCUCCUGGGAGAGUUUUGAUGAAGAUAUUUCUUCUCUUGAUGACGGCUCUGCAAUUACAAUCACUACUUCUGGUCUCCUGGAACAGAUAAAUGUUACACGGGAUACGAGUGAUUAUCUUUGGUAUAUAACUAGUGUUGAUAUAGGUUCAUCCGAAUCCUUUCUCCGAGGAGGCAAACUACCCACUCUCAUUGUUCAAUCCACAGGCCAUGCUGUGCAUGUUUUUAUCAAUGGUCAACUUUCUGGUUCUGCCUAUGGAACGAGGGAGGAUAGGAGAUUCAGAUAUACUGGCACAGUAAACCUCCGUGCUGGAACAAACAGAAUAGCUCUGCUCAGUGUUGCUGUUGGACUUCCAAAUGUGGGAGGACAUUUCGAGACUUGGAACACAGGAAUCCUUGGUCCAGUUGUACUCCGUGGACUUAACCAAGGAAAGUUGGACUUAUCUUGGCAGAAAUGGACUUAUCAGGUUGGGCUGAAAGGUGAGGCCAUGAAUCUUGCAUCUCCAAAUGGUAUCUCUUCUGUAGAGUGGAUGCAGUCUGCAUUAGUUUCAGAGAAAAAUCAACCACUGACUUGGCACAAGACUUAUUUUGAUGCUCCAGAUGGAGACGAGCCGUUAGCAUUGGACAUGGAGGGUAUGGGUAAAGGUCAAAUAUGGAUUAAUGGGCUGAGCAUUGGAAGAUACUGGACUGCUCCGGCUGCUGGUAUUUGCAAUGGUUGCAGCUAUGCUGGCACAUUCAGACCUCCAAAGUGCCAGGUUGGUUGUGGCCAACCAACCCAGCGAUGGUACCAUGUACCUCGAUCUUGGUUGAAGCCAAAUCAUAAUCUGUUGGUUGUUUUUGAGGAACUUGGGGGAGAUCCUUCAAAAAUUUCACUUGUAAAGAGAUCGGUAAGCAGUAUCUGUGCUGAUGUGUCUGAGUACCACCCAAAUAUUAGGAAUUGGCACAUUGAUAGCUACGGAAAAUCGGAAGAGUUCCAUCCUCCAAAAGUUCACUUGCAUUGUAGUCCUAGCCAGGCCAUCUCUUCCAUUAAAUUUGCAAGCUUUGGAACUCCUUUGGGAACAUGUGGGAAUUAUGAGAAGGGAGUUUGUCAUUCUCCCACUUCCUAUGCCACCCUAGAGAAGAAAUGUAUAGGAAAGCCAAGAUGCACGGUUACUGUAUCAAACAGUAACUUUGGGCAAGACCCUUGUCCUAAUGUGUUGAAGCGGUUAUCAGUUGAAGCUGUUUGCUCUCCAACCAAUCGGAGGGGCUGAAUGAUUAAGGAAGGAAGCCACCCUUUUACGUGUAGUAUGAAGUGACUUAACAAGAAAAACGAAAGGACCAUAAUAGUAUAGGUAAAGUUAAGUGUCAUGGUUGUUUUUAGGGAGAAAGUAAUAAUGUUUAUGAUAUGUUGGUGCCGAAGGCACGAGGUUUUUAGUUUCAUUUAGUGAUGUUGUGUUGACGGGAAUGUAUAAAAAUUAGUGAUUGUCGGAUAGGUGAAUCUUAAUCAGGGAGUCCAAAAUUGGGAUCCUUGGUGGAGUAGUUCCCGGCCUUUUACGUUUUAACUAUAGGCACGGGGAAGAGAGGGAAUUUGGUUUGUGUGAUGUUUUUUCGUUUUACUUUGUGGGGUUAAAUUAAACUCCAAAUCAGGUUCAAGUUGGGAGCGGAUCCUACUGUAACCACUCUACGUUUAUUUAAAGCCCAUUGUUCAAUUCUGUGCA